AGAAUAGUUUCACCAUAUUUUCUGCCGCUUCUGGAGUAUGCAAUAUUUCCUGCUUUGGUGAUGAAUAACAAGGAUGUAUCCAAGUGGGAGGAGGAUCCAGAAGAGUAUAUAAGAAAGAAUCUUCCAUCAGAACUUGGCGAAUGUUCUCGAUGGAGGGAAGAGCUUUUUACUGCAAGAAAAAGUGCAAUAAAUUUACUGGGUGUUAUGGCAAAGUCAAAGGGCCCCCCUUUGUCAAACUCGCGCAAUGCAGGUCCUGCGAUUUCUGGGAAGCGUAAAAAGGUGCCAAGCAUAUUAAAGGAAAGGAAGGCUUUUGCUUUUGGGGAUUCACUGGUAAUGCCAUUUUUGUCAAAGUAUUCCAUUCCCUUAGAUGCCAUGACCACUUCAACGGGCAUUAGUGAGUGA